AUGGAUUCGGAACAAAUGACUAAUGAUCAAGAAUAUUUUGAAUCAUAUGAUAAAUUUCAAGUUCAUGAAUUAAUGUUACGUGAUCGUCCACGUGUUAGUGCUUAUUAUGAUGCAAUUAUGAAUAAUAAAAAGCUAUUUGAAAAUAAGGUUGUACUUGAUGUUGGAUCUGGAACAGGAAUAUUGAGUAUGUUUGCUGCUAAAGCAGGUGCUAAUCUCGUUUAUGCUGUUGAUGCAUGUCCAACAAUAUGUGAUUUAGCUGAACAAUUAAUUAAAUACAAUGGUUUACAUGAUCGUAUAAAAGUGAUUAAUAAACGUGUUGAAGAUAUUGAAAAAUUUGAUGAAAACAUUGAUAUUAUUAUUAGUGAAUGGAUGGGUUUUUAUCUUUUUCAUGAAAGUAUGCUUGAAUCAGUGAUAUAUGCUCGUGAUCAUUUUCUUCAUACAUCAUUACAAAAUGAUGAUAAUACAUCUGAACAAAAUGAAUCAAUUGUUAUUUUUCCUUCUCAUGCUUAUUUAUAUUGUGCUCCAUUUAUUGAUCAACAUAUACGUAUUGAAUUAAAUACAAUGUGGAAUGAUUAUUUCGACCUGAAUUUUUCACCUAUUCGUCAACAUAUAAAAAAUUCUGAUCUUCGUGAAUGUGUUAUUGAAACAAUAGAACCAUCACAACUUGUUCAUGAUGCUCAAUUAAUUCAAUCAAUUGAUCUUCGUACUGUACGAGUUGAUGAACUUCGUUCCAUGCGUUCAUUUUGUGAAUUUUAUAUUGAUAAUACAUGUAUUAUAUCAGGUUUUUGUUUUUGGUUUGAUUGUUAUUUUUCUUCAAAUAAUAAUUCAUCUAUAUUACGUUCAACACGUUUAACAACAAGUCCACAUGCAUCUAAAACACAUUGGAAACAAACACUUGUUUUUUUACCUGAAGAUAUUUAUCCAUUAAAAGAUGAUGUUGUACCAGUCAAUAUUAAAUUAAAACAAUCAUCUACAAAUCGAAGACAUUAUAAUUUAACAAUAUCAAUUAAGAAAAUCAAAGAAAAUUUACAUAAUAAUAGUGAAAAAAAUCAAGAAGAAAAUUUAUCAAAUCAAUCGGAUACAAAAAGACGACGCCGAAGACGUUCAUCAACAAUGUCAUCAGAUAAACGUAGGAUAUCUGAAAAUGAAACAAUGGAUACAACAAGCGAUAGUACUUCGAGUGACUCGGAUAAUGAUAGUAAUGAAUCAGGCGAACAUCCUAUUCCAUGUUCAUGUGAUCGUGACAGAUGCAAAUUAAUAAAAACAAUUAUUGACAAAUAUAAUGAAGAAAAUAUUGUAGAAUAG